AUGCGUGUCGCCCUUCGCACCCUCGCUCCUAUACAUGCUAGACCGCUAGCUGCUCAGAAACUCGUCCGUUCCGUAUCUUUACGCCAGCGAUCCACCGCUACCGAAUCAGCGACCGAGAAAUUGAGCCCGCGAUGGCUGGGAGACGUCAAGCAGAGAUUGGGGAAAUGCAUGACGUUUGGGAUGAAGCCUGAGCAAGUGGUCAGAGCAGGUGCCGUGCUAGAGACGGUAGCAAGAGAUUGGCGAGAAUUGGUUGCUGGUAGCGAGGGUUUCUUGACAUCAGAGAAUCGCAGAGGAUUCUAUCGACAUGCAGUUGUUUGGGGGGAGAUGGACAGUAUGNGUGAGUUUGCUCUGUCAACCACACAAAACUCGCUGGGCGCAGAACUGAUUCAUCAAAGGGGUGAGUGUCAGAGAAAGGGAAAGGACAGAACGGUAGAAACUGAGAGGACAAACAGCCAUGUCAACAACGUGAUGUACAACCGCUACGCCGAGUCCGCUCGCGUGAACUGGACGAGGAACUUUGCUGUGGACAUUGAUCCUCAGCACAGAAAAGAAUGGACCGAACUUAUGACGCCCAAGAGCCUGGGUUUGAUCCUGAGGUCCAUCACUACUAACUACAAGUUUCCCAUGAAAUGGCCCGAUCACAUUUCAGUGUACCACAAACUUGCCUCCGAACCGACAGCAGAAACCGACUCUUUCAUCUUGGACGUUAUCAUCAUGUCUGAGUUGCAGCAAAGGCCAGCAGCACGCUGUGUGGAAGACAUAGUUGUGUACGACUACCGAGUGGGUAAGAAGGCACCUCUCUUACCAUUCAUGGUAGAUGCCUUCCGGGAAACUUGGAAAUUGCAAGAGGAAGCAAAGAAAGAGAAUAGCGAGAAAGUCAAACGAUUGCUUGAAGAGGUUAGAGCACUUGAGAAAGAGACCUGGGAUAGGCCCGAUGCUGUCGAGGACAUGGGUGUUGCUGGGCCAUAA